AUUGACACGUGGAUUUUGGAGAGCAACAUUUAGUCACUCCAGCUUCUUGUUCUUCGUCUCUUAUAUCUCUUCCACACACAGAGAUAGAUAAACCUCAACUCCAACUGAUUGAAAAAUGGCAAAUCAGAAAAGGGUUCUCUUACUAUGUGGAGAUUACGUUGAAGACUAUGAGGUGAUGGUACCAUUUCAAGCUCUACUAGCCUAUGGAGUAGCAGUUGAUGCAGUUUGUCCUGGAAAGAAAUCCGGUGACAUUUGCCGCACUGCCGUCCAUCAGCUUUCUGGUCACCAGACAUAUUCAGAGUCCCGUGGACACAAUUUUGCUCUUAAUGCAACCUUUGAUGAAAUCGAGGCUUCAAAGUAUGAUGGCUUGUUCAUACCAGGAGGACGUGCUCCAGAAUAUCUGGCCAUGAAUGAAUCUGUGUUGGAAUUGGUGAAAAGUUUUGCCAACACUAAAAAGCCUAUUGUCGCUAUCUGUCAUGGACAAUUGAUCCUGGCGGCUGCAGAUGUGGUCAGAGGUCGAAGGUGCACAGCUUAUCCUGCUGUCAAGCCGGUGCUUGUUGCUGCUGGUGCCCACUGGGAAGAGCCAGAAACCCUGGCCUCAUGUACCAUCGAUGGUAAUCUCAUCACUGGACCUACUUAUGAAGGAAAUCCUGAAUUCAUUCGACUCUUUGUCAAGGCACUUGGUGGCAGCAUAGUUGGUUCUGGUAAAAGAAUCCUAUUUCUAUGUGGGGAUUUCAUGGAAGACUAUGAAGUCAAGGUACCUUUUCAGUCCCUCCAAGCUCUUGAAUGCCAUGUUGAUGCUGUUUGCCCCAAGAAGAAAGCUGGAGAGAAAUGCGCCACGGCUGUGCACGACUUUGAAGGUGACCAGACUUAUAGUGAGAAGCCAGGUCAUGACUUUCCCCUAAAUGCCAAUUUUGAAAGUGUGGAUGUUUCAAGCUAUGAUGGACUUGUAAUUCCUGGAGGCCGAGCUCCAGAAUACCUUGCCCUGGAUGAUGAUGUUAUUAAGUUGGUCCAGGAAUUUAUGGAGUCCAAAAAACCAGUUGCAUCAAUCUGCCAUGGCCAACAGAUACUAUCUGCUGCUGGCGUUCUCAAGGGUAAGAAGUGUACUGCAUACCCUGCUGUGAAACUUAACGUGAUACUAGGAGGGGCGACAUGGCUAGAACCAGAACCAAUAGACCGUUGCUUCACAGACGGAAAUCUUGUGACAGGGGCAGCUUGGCCAGGUCAUCCUGAGUUUAUUUCUCAGUUCAUGGCAUUGCUUGGAGUGCAUGUAAAAUUUUAGGCUACAUGUUUGUUUGAUAUGUUUAGCCAGGU